CUGAGCGGCCCGGCGCCCGGCACUGAACGCGGCCCGCUGCAGUGUGAGGCGGGAGGCCCGAGCUGCUGCAUGGAGCCCUGCGGGACGGGCGGCGGGGCGGCGCGGGGGCAAACGCCCCCCGGAGGACCCCAGGACAGCGCGGGCGGGAGGUGGCAACCUACUGCCGCGGAUAGAGCUUUAACAUUUCAUUUUGAACAAGAUUUAGCAGAAGAACGCCGGGCAUUGAAAGAAGAUCAAAAAGUAUGUCGGAGUAGGGCACAGAAAUAUUCGAUAGAGACAAACAGAAGAAGAAGAGCCUUUGAAGAAAGACAGAAGCAAGCGGAAGAAAAAGAACAAAGAUUUAGAGAACAAGUUCUGCAGCAAAGGAAAAUUAAACUUCAGGAAGCAACUGAGAAGUUCCAGCGUGCUCAUCUGCCUUUUUCUCAGCGCAAGCAAAUAGUCCCGCUAGUCCAGACAAAAGCAGCCUUUCAGUUAGAAGAAGCUCUUGAACAAAUUAAAGGAUCAAUUUUAACACCAGGACUGUGCUUGCCCAGCAGAAACAAAACCAACUUCAGAACCACAGAUGACACUUCAUCCUCAUCAGCAUCUAGAAACGGUUCUUGCCACCAGAAGCAGAUUUCAGCAAUGGUUGGCUGGGAUAAAACAAUACAAGAGAGCAGUAGAAAAAACAUGGAUAGUAACCAACUUCUCUUCCAGAAAAAUCUGAAAGAAAUGCAACAGCUCCUUGAAAAACAACAUCUCAACAAUGUGGAGAAUUUUCAUGAAGAAGUCAAGAAAACAGAUGAUUCAGAAAGCGUGUUAAGCCUCGACAGUCUUGAGGCUGGAGAACAAAGUGGAAAUUACACAACACAGAGUGAAUCAUCUUUGACUACACAGUAUGACUGUACCCUCUACACUCCAGAAAAAUCACAGAAUAGGAAUAAUGGUUUGCUUUAUACAGCUCAAAGUACUUCUAAAAAUAUGCAUCUAAAUAAUUGUCUGAGAAACGUAGAUUCACAAUACUACCACAACUUACCUGCUCAUGAUCUUUUAGCUGAACAUAAUGUUCUAACUCCUGCUGAACAUUUAAACACUUCAGAAGAGGAAUCAUCUGCUUCUGACAGAUCUGGAAAAAAAUCUUCAGAGUUCUCUACCUCUGGUAAACAAGAAAUCUCUGUAAGCAAUGUGUUUAGUUUUCUGCAAAAUAUAAAAGAAGAAAGCAGCAAGCCGCCUUCUGGAACUCCUUACACAUUAGCCACUGGUCAUCCUGUUUUGAAUCCCAGCAAAACCUGGGCCAACUCUGAUUCUAUUCCAGGAGAAGGAGUUCAGGAUCUGAUGCAAGAUCAGAGUUUUAAAAUGACCCCACAAAAAAGAAAUGUAUCUGUGCAAACAUCUAGUCAACCUAUUGCAACAUGUCUAAUCUCAUUUCCUAACCAAGGAUGUUCCACUGGCAUUCCCAGCACAGCUGAUACAUUACCAAAAGACAAAAACAUCAGUAUGGAGUUUUUAAAAAAUAUCUCAGGAAAAAUUACUGAAACAGAAGAAGAAAAUAUUAAAGGUAUUGGUUACAUUAAUCCAGGAUUGUCUUUAUUUCAGGAUGUACCAAAUGCCUCAGUUCUGUGCAAUGUUAAGCAACAGAAUAACAAAGAGGAAGAAAAGGGAAAUAUGCUUGAAACUGUAUCACUGAUGUCUGGUACAGAGUUCAGUUCUGGCACUCCUGCACAGCACAAAACCCUGAAAAACAAUAUUCUUGAAAGAAAAAGAGCAAAGUUUCUUGGAAGUAUCUUAAAGAAGGAUUCUAAAUAUGAACCUAGUCAUUUCAAAGCUGUGGUUAUGAACCAGGGGAUCAGUUUUGGAACGCAACCCAUGUCUUCUAUCAGAGACAGUUUAGAACUGGCAAAAAUCAAAAAGAAAAGUGCAGAAAAUGAAAAAUACAAUAGAAAGAUUAAAUGGUGUGAUCAAAUUAACCAGGUAAUAAUAGAAAAUAAUGAAAAAUGCUAUGAAAAAAACACCAGUGAAAUAUCUUCUGCACAGCUGCAAUAUGUUCAAACUAUAAAUAAUGCUCCUAAGACUAAUUUAAGUAUUGUUGCUCAAUCUUCAAACCCCAUGUUCAUAAAAAAUCACCAGGAAAACUCUCAUAUAUCAAAACCAAAUGUUCAUACUGAAGAAUCAAAUAAAGAGUGCGCCUCUCUGAGUAUAUUUAUGUCUACUGGAUCUGUUUCUGCUAAAAAAGCUUGGAUGGUACCAAAUGAUGAAGAAAGUAAACUCCCAGUAUGUAGUAAUAAUUCUAAGACUAAUGAAGAUAAUCAACUGAAAAAUAGGGCAAAAAUAGCUAGAACGAUAUCUGUAAGAGCCCAGCCAAGAUUUAUGCCCAAGAAGAGAACAGGCACUAUAAUCCAACCACAGCUGGCCACAGAAACCAGCAAAACUCAGAAAGUUCCAGGGAAAUUUCUAGCACCUCACCCACCAUCCACACCUCUGCCAGGAAGCAGAAGUGGUGAAAAUGCAUCCAGCCCUGGGUGUCAGCCACUCCUGCCUUCAAGUCUUCCAGCAACCACUACAAGCAGGAAUGAUUUAAGUGAGAGGCAUGUGGUGUUAGCAAAUCAGGUUUUAAAUAGAAACGGUACAGAAUACAGUCAGAGUAUUACUUGUCACUCUGACUUGGCUGCUGCGAUUUCUACACCUGGCUGCAGCACGGCCAAGCACGGACCUUGGGAAAAAAAUACUUGUUCUGUAAAUAAUGUUCAGACAAGCGCCUGUCAGGGUCAUUCAAUAACCUGCACUGGAAGAAGACCUGUUAACACAGAAAAUGGAUUACAUCUCCAUCAGAUCCCAGCAGCUGGAAAAACAAGUACCUACUGGCAAGGAGCACAUAGUCCCCAAACUCCAAAAGACUCUGCUACUGGCGUUGCUCCUGUUACAAGACAAACGCAUGUUUUCGACAACCAUGAAAAUAAACAUAGAGUUUUUUCAGAACACAGAAGACAAAGUAUAGCUUCUAAAAGAUGGAAGCCCACUCAUCAUGUACAGAAUUCACUCUAUACUGUCCAGCUGAGUCCUGUUCAAUCUGCUUUUGAUCCAGUACAAAAUAGGAAUAACACCUACAAGUCUAAUGAAGCUUCAGAGAGCACCAUUCAGUUUCUCAUUGCAGAAAAACUAGCAAGCGGAUCCCUUGCAGAGGAUGAAAUCCUGGCAGCCUUGGGAAGUGUGCAACCAGCCAGCUGGUCCGUACUGCCUAACAGGGCUCCGUGUCCAGGCAUGAGUGGACUUUCAGUAGAAGAACUGAAGAUUUUCCAGUCUCUUGAUUAUCUCAAUCAAAGGCUACGAAAUGUUCAAGAAGCCAUUACUAGAAACCUGUCUGCUUCAAAUGUUUUGCAGAUAAUCACCCCUUUAAGUGUUCAGCAGUGUAUCUCCUCCCCUUUGGCACACACAGCGACAGCAUCCCAGCAGUACCACAAUGCCUCAGGUAGCCAUCGACUGCAGUUGUAUAGAAGAUUCUGACAGUCUUUGCUCCAGGAUAUUGCAUCUUGAUGUACUUUCUAUGUAAUGUGUGUACCAUCUGACACCAUAAAAUUAGCAACAAAAUAAAGACGAAAGCAGUAAAACAAAUAAUGGAAGUCAAUUUACUG